AUGCUGCCGACACCCGAACCCGGCCCAUCGAAUCCAUCCGCGUUCACUUUGCAACAACCUGGAAAUUCUCGCCCAAUCGACUUGAAUUUCGAAGGGAAGCAAUUGGAACGUGUGCCUCGUCGUCACCCAACCACUGGCGAAGAGUAUGAUCCGCUCGAGGUUCGCCGUCUGAAUGUCAGCAAAAACAAUCUUCUACACAUUGAAUGUUUACCAGCAUUUGCAAAUCUAGUCAGCCUGGACGUCUCAAGCAAUGGCUUGUCAGUGUUGCCCGAAGAUGUCGGUUCGAUGGUUCAUUUACGGACCCUCGCAGCACGUAAUAAUCUUCUCGAGGAACUUCCGAAAUCUAUGGCUAAUCUGGAGCAUAUGGAAGCUCUAUACCUAUCUGGAAAUCGCUUCGAGACUGUACCACCACCUGUCUUCAGCAUGUAUCGCUUACGGGUGCUUCAUUUAGGUGGAAAUCGUAUCGAAACCGUACCGUAUGCUAUUGGAAGUAUGUCCAAACUGGAAAUUCUCUAUCUUGGUGGCAACCUUCUACAUGAAGUACCAGCCACCAUCGGGAGACUUCAGAAGUUGUCGUCCCUGUCGUUAUGCGACAAUCAGCUCGAAACGAUCCCAUCAACAUUUGGUGAACUCAGAAAUCUCGAAAGCCUAUCUUUACACAACAAUGUUCUGAAAACCUUGCCCACGGAGAUUGUGAAACUUCGAAAUCUUCAACAACUUAGUCUCCGAAGCAACCCACUAGUUCACCACUUUGUCCACAAUAUGCAGUUGGAACCACCGAAGCUGAAAGAACUAGCAGGACGUCUUGUACGACUGAAGAUGUCCAAGUUACCCUUGAAGGAAGUGUUGCCAAGGGAACUCAUCGCAUACCUCAAUUCGGCGAAUCAAUGUGUAAACCCCAAUUGUAAAGGGGUCUAUUUCGAAGCAUGCGUUGAACAC